GGUGUCUUUAGGUGUAUAAAUACUAUAUCGACCACAUUAUUCUUAACCAUGCGCAAACCUAAACCGACCUGAUGGAUUUGAUUUAUACCUAUGCAAAGGUUACUAUUAUCGCCGCGGUCGGACUAGACAGCAGUUACGGGCUUUCUGGAGCAGGAGAGAGAUGCACACGUAUAGCCUUAAUAAAUUCUGGAUGGUCUCAGACCGUCGAUCCACGAGUAUGCCUCGCGAAAUCUGAGUCGGCCUCGAGACUCGCUGGCUGCUUUCCUCGGGAUACUAAAUGAAUUGCUGCAAGGCUAGGCCUGGAGACGCCAUAUCGUAUCUUUGUAGAAUUACUUAUCUUGGAC